AUGUUGGAAUACUUGACGUACAAAAAGAUCAAGAAGAAUAAGGCCCAGAAGGCCGCGGCCGCUGAGGAGGCUGCAAAAAAGACUGAAGCUGGAUCUUCUGUCGAUCCAGGCCAUGGCCGUGUACCCGACUUCAACAAUAGUGCAAGCCAAAGACCUGACCAACAUCCCAGGCGGCGAAGCACUCAUCACAGCCAAAGCUCAAACACCCCUCCUCUGAGCCCCGUUCUUGACCGGGACGACGAAGCAUGGCUUCGGAGCAUCCUGGAAGAUGACGGUCCAGCCCCGCCACUGCCUCCACGAGUCAACACCCCCCAGAUCGACCUCUCUUCUGCGUCUGAGAGUGAGCUAGAGGCCAUCAAGCCUCUCCAAGAGGCCCAAAGAAAGGACACAAAGAAGGAUAAGAAGGUCGAAAAGCAACCAAAUCGCCUAACCGCUUUGUUCACCAGACACAAGAAGCCGCAGGAUGGCCUCAAGCCAGAGGACAAUGUCGCCAAACCUGAAGCCGAGCGUGAGGAGCAGGAUCUUGGCAACGUCCUCGAUCGGCUGAACCUUCAAGCUAAGAACAACAAGAUCGUAGCCCUCUCCAACGAGUCUUCCGAGCUGUUGUCUCGUUUCACACAGGUUUUCAAGGACCUUGCCAAUGGUGUACCGACAGCUUAUGGAGACCUUGCAAGCCUUGUUGAAGAUCGCGACGGCGCCAUCAACCGGGGCUUUGAAAAACUGCCGUCGUCUUUGAAGAAACUCGUUACUCAGCUUCCCGAUAAGCUCACCUCAUCUCUUGCGCCUGAGUUGCUGGCAGUCGCGGCAGAGAGCCAAGGUCUGAAGGCCAACACAGAGAAGGGCGUCAAGGAUGCCGCUAUUGAUCUCCUCAAGCCAUCGAAUUUGACAGACCUAGUGACGAAGCCCGGAGCCGUCGUCGGUAUGCUCAAGGCUAUUGUGAACGCAUUGAAGGUGCGAUGGCCUGCCUUCAUUGGAACCAACGUUAUUUGGAGCGUUGCUUUGUUCUUACUGAUGUUCGUGCUGUGGUACUGUCACAAGAGAGGUCGUGAAGUACGGCUCGAACGCGAGAAGUCUGCCUCAGAGACCCCCAUUGAUGGCAGUAGCCGUAUCGAGGAACUCCCAGAUGACCCUCUACUUCCAGGGCCGGAGGAAGCAGCUGCAAGACGCAAUGCCGACCGGGCUGCGCUCGGAGAUCCUGUGUCUCCCCUAUCCAUGCGGUCGCCUGCUCCAUUCAUAUCCGAGCCAGUCUCGCCAGAGGAGCCAGUUCGGCGCUGA